GACUUGUUAGCUUUCUUGCCCGCAAAUAAAAUAAGCAGGAUAAAGGAGAAGAUAUCAAAGAAAUCAAUCACUAAACGGCAGUUGCUUUCCUUGCUUGGUCAUCUAAAUUUUGCGGCAAGAGUUGUGUUACCAGGCAAGUCCUUCAUUGCCCACUUACUUAGACUGGCUUCAUCAGUGUCCAAAUUAACUCAUCAUGUCUCCUUGAACCAGGCUUGCUGUUUAGAAUUAUCGAUGUGGAAGUUAUUUAUGGAUUCAUGGAAUGGGAUUCAUCUGUUUAUGAAUUCGGGAGUGAUCAGUGCAUCUGACUUGCACAUUUAUACAGAUGCAUCAUCUACCAAAGAUUUCGGAGGCUUCUUUCAAGGUAGUUGGUUUUGUGACAAAUGGCCUGAGGAAUUAAUUUUUGACCAACGUGAUGAACUAUCUAUGGCUCUGCUGGAGUUGUAUCCAAUUGUGAUAGCGGCAAUGCUAUGGGGACAGCAUUGGUCAAAGCAGAGGAUUUGUUUCAACUGUGACAAUCAGGCAACAAAAUUCCGAGAGCUGGCACCAGAUGCACACGAGAACAAAUCACCUUGUCCACCGUACUGCGAA